AUGGGCUCUUCAUCUUCGAAAGUCGCCAAAGGCGUAGCGCGAAAGUAUCCUGCCCGAGCUCCUGGAGCUACUGUCCCACAAGCAGUAGCACGUCAACCAAGGGCAGAGCCACCAAAACCAAAGUCAAAAACCUUGGGGAACAGCGCCAAAGACGACGCUGUUCGCGCUGACGCUAUGGACCCCGACUUCCCAACCGGCGACUUCUCACGCCGUCUACACCAGAUGGGAAUCGCUGACUCAAACCCUACAUAUUCUCCUUCGUCUACAGCCGCGACCGCUCCAGGACCUAGUUUUACACCGAGUCGAAGCAAUCCAACCCUCGUAGCGCUCUCAGCUCGAGAUCGACUACAAGACGAAGCGGAAGAAGAUUUUGCAAACAUGGGACGCGAGGGCCGAAGAUUCCUCGAUAUGAGGACUUUAGUGGAUGCUAUGAAGCUUCGCGAUCGAGGCAUACCUGGGAAGGAGAUUGAGUCAAGAUUAAGGAUACAACCGGGGCUGCUGAACAAACUUGGACAGGAAAAGACCUUUUCACAUGUGACAAGUCCGAACUGA